AUGUUAAAAUUUGUUAGCAUAUUGUUGCUGACAUUGGUGUUAGUGAAAUCAAUAGAAAAUCAUGGAACCAUCAAUGUGAAAGUUAUAUUACCUAAUAAAAUUUACACAUAAGCAUCAAGUGGAGACCUUGAUAAUACAUAAAGAUAAAAUGAAUUACUAAAAAAUUAAGAAAUGAAAGAUGUUGCUAUGUAUAAAUGCAUUCUAUUCAGUUUAGAAGUUUUCUUGAGACAGGUAGAUCUGUAGAAGUGAACGAAGUAAAAGAUGAAUCAAUAGAAAUUUGGUCAUAAAAAUCUUUAGAAAUUGAAUAACAACCACUUAUUAGACCAGAACAAUUAAAUGAUAAAGAAUAAAUAACUCAAAUCUAAUCUAAAUAAGAAAAUUAUGAAUCAGAUAGUUAAUUAAAAAAAAUAUCAAUAAAAGUAGAGAAAAAAGAUAAUAAAUCAGUUGAAUAAUUAAUUAAUCCUGUUAUCACAAAUUCAAAUAAUGAUAUUUAAGCAAAUGAUAAUACAAAUAACUCAGAUUUAUAAAAAGAGAAUUCAGUAUCAUCAAAAAAAUUUUCAGUUUCUGUAAGUAAAAUUCCUUAAUAGGAUAUCUAAAAUGCCUAAAAUGUUGAAUAAAAUGAUUAAUAAGAUACAUAGAGUGAAUAACAUUAGGAUAAUUAAUAAAAAGACAUCUAAAAUAAUUAAUUAGCCAAUAAAGAUGUAUCAGAAUAAACAAAAAACGAUGCUGAAUUAAAACAAAAUAUUUAAGAAUAAAUUAUAUCAAGUUCUAAUGAAGAUCUUGUAAAAAAUUAAAUAGAGAAUUAAAAUUCAGAUGUUACAAAAUAAGUUGAAGAAUAAAAAAUUUCAGUAGAGGUUAGUAAUAUUACUGAAGAAAAUAAAGUAGAAUUGAAAAUGGAAUAAAAAUAAAAUUAAGUUGAAAAUACAAAGCAGAUUUAAAAUGAUAAUAAGGUAGAUAUUUCUGAUGUAAAUUAAAAGUAAAUUAAUAAUUAAGCAUAAUAAACAUAAGAAUAAAAAGUUAUAAAAUCUAUAUAAUCUGAAAAUUAAUAAAUGGAUUAAUAAAAUGAAGUAUAAUAAGAAUCUGCUUAAGUAAUAAAUUAAGGAUAAUAGUAAUAAGAUUUGAAUGCAUUAAAUGAUAACAAUCUUAAUAAGAUAUCUGUUGAAAACAACAAAGAUGAAUCCGAAUUAAAUAAAACUGAAACUUCUUAAAAUGAAAUUAUGAUUAAGGAUAUUAAAAUAGAAGCUUAACCAAUUGAAUAAGAGAAUAUUGUAAAAGUUAAUGAUUCAGAUAUUGUUAUAAAAACAGAUGAAGAAGUAAAGUUAGUUCCUGCAGUAUAAGAUUCAUAAAAUUCAGAUGAAUAGGAUACAGAUGAAGGAGAGGAAGAAAUUAUUCCAUCUGAUUCAGAAGAGGAAUAAAAUAAUUCAGAACCUUAAUAAAAUUAAAGUGAUAAUAAGAAUUAAGAAGCUGAUUAAGUGUCUUAAACUAUUGAAGAAAAUACAUAAUGUGAUGGUGAAGAAUUAGAUACUGUUCAUACAUAAUAGAUUUAAAAUAAUAAUUAAGUGAAUAAUGAUACAUAGCAGAAAAUAGAUGUAUAAAAUAAAAUUGAAUAAUAAUAAUAAUAAUAAUAAUAAUAAUAAUAAUAAUAAUAAUAAGAAAUUUAAUAAUAAAAAACUUAAUAAUUGGAAUAGAAUAAGGUAGAUUAAUAAAAUUAAACAAAAGAGAUUUAAGAAAAUAAUAAUAAAGGAGGAAAAUAAAAGUAAGCUGAAGCUCCUGAUUUUAUGAUAAAGAAAAAUUAAUUGAGUAAGAAAAUGAAAGAGGUUAUAAAUGAGAUGAAAGAAUCAGAUAAAGCACCUUCAAAUAAAUUAUAUAGUUUGAAUGUUUCAAAUUUAGAUUCAGAUGAUGUAAUAGUAAUAAAAGAUACUACUUAUUUUGAUACAGAUGCUGAAAUAGUAGUUUAAGAAAUAUAGAAUUCAGAAUAAUAAUAAAUUGGAGAUGUAGUAAAAGUAUAAGCUGAAGUAGAAAAGGUAGAUUUAAGUAUAUUUGCUGAUGAUAGUUCUGAUUUGAUUCCAAUUAUUGUUGAAGAUAAUGAUAAUAAAAUAUAAUCAGAAAUUAUAACAGAUGCAAUUAAGGAUGUAACAGAAAAAGAAAUGGGAAUAAUAGAAAAUUAGAAUUUGGAAGAAGCAAAUGUUGAUGUUUAAUCUUUGAUUUCUGAUUAAGUAGAUAUCAAUGAGAAUCAUAUAUCUAACAAAAAUAUUGUUCAAGAUGAUUAUUAAUUAGAUUAUGAUUAAUUAGAGACUGAUUUUAUUAUUAAUAAAAGUUUAAGUAAUGAUGGAAUAACAUUUGAUUAAUUCUAAUAAUAAUUAGAUGAUUUGGCAAAAGAACUUGAUAAUCUAAGUUUAGAAUAACCUCCUAUUAUAGAAGAUUCUAAAGUGAUUGACUCUUAAUAAAAUGAGGUUUCAAAGGAGGAUCAAUAAUAUUUAACUAUUGUAACUAAUAAUGAUUCAAAUAUUAUUAAUGCUUCUGCUGAAGAUGAUUAUUAUUUAGAUGAUUUAGAUAAUGAACUUGAUUAAAUUAUUCAAUAAUAAUCAUAAACAAAAAUCUAAUCUGAAUCUGUUGUUUAAGAAUAAGAAAUUCAAUAGAGUAAUAAUAACAAUUAAUUAAAAGAUGAAAUUGAAUAAUAAAUUCAAUUUAAAUAAGACGACAAUUUAAUUGAAGAUGAUUUACAAAUAGAUUUAAAUAAAAAUGAUUAUAUUGAUGAUGAUUAUUAUUAGAUUGAUAAUUAAAAUUAAGAAGAUAUCUAUUAAGAUUAAAAUUAAUAAACUGAAAUAUAAUAAAAUUAAUAGACUGAAAUAUAAGAAGAUGAUUUAGAAUUAGAUAAUGAAGAGAUAUUUGAAAAAUAAGUUUAAUCAAAUGAUGAAGCUGUUGUAAGUGAUGGUGUAAUGGUUGAUACUGGUGAUUCUUAUAGAAAUUAAGAUUAAGAAUCAGAUAUUGAUAAUGAUUAUGAUCUCUCUUUUGACGAUUCAAAUAUUAAGUAAGAAUCAAAUCUAGAAUAAAAAAAAGAUUAAUUGCAUCAAAAUACUGAAAUUAAAUAAGAAUUAAAAACUGAAGAAGGGGAUAACGAUAUAUUAGAUUAAAAUGAUAUUGUUGUUCAAGAUAAAGAAGAAAAUUAGAUCACUUAAAAUUAAAAUGUAAUUUCAUAAGAAAAUGAAGAAAUAAUUGAUAAAUAAGGAAGUCUAAUUAUUGAAAAGUUAGAAAAUUAAAUCGAUAAUUAAUAAGGAAAUUAAGGAAUUGUUGAUUAAUCUAAAACUUUAUAGGAUAUAGAAUCAUAAUAAUAAUUAAAUAUUCCUAAUUAAAAAACAGAAGAAUAAUAAUCAAGUGUUUCUUCAUUAUAAUCUGAAUAGUAAAUUUAAUAAGAUAUUUAAGAUCAAAUUGAUGAAUAGAAUAAUGAAAUUACAUUAGAAAAUGCAACUGAAAGCGAGGAUAGUUAAUUUGAAGAUUUACCUUAAGUAGAAAUCAAAAAGAAAUAAUUGGUAAAAAAAGAAAUCUCUAUAGAGUAGAAUUCAGAAUAAGAUAAUGUAAUUACUAAUGAUGAUAUAAAUGGAGAAGGAACAGUUUAAGAAGAUAAUAUUGAAGUAUUUUAUAAUGAUUCUUAAAUUUCUGACUAAAAAUCAAAUGAGUCAUCAAUAUAGUCUGAACAAGAAGUUAUUGAAAAUCUUGAAGAUUUAUAAGAUUGCAUAGAAAAUGAUUAAGAUGAACAUACUGUUGAAAAUUAGGAUGAGAAUUCAUAAAAGAAUAAUGAAAAAAAUCAUUCUAUUAAAAUAAGUAAGGAAUAGAAAAAAGAGAAUAAAUAAUAAUAAGAUAAUAAAUCAUUGAAAAUUGAGUAAAAUGAGAAAUAAACUAAAUUUGAAGAAUAAUUACAUCAAUAAAUUAUCAAUAAAAAGUAAAAAGAUAAAUAAUAAAUGACUCAUGAUGAAUAGUUUAAUUAAAUUGUUAAUGAAUUAGUUCAUGAAUUAGAAUUAUCUACUAAUAAACGAAUUGAAACUAGAGAAUAAGAAUAAUAAAUUUAUUAGGAUAUUAAAAAAAAUGUAGAAGAACUUAGACAAAUUCAUAAUAGUGAUGAUGUCAUUAUUAAAAAAAGAAUUGAUUUACCAAUAUAAUAAGAUAAUAAUUUAGAUGAAAGAAAUAAGGAUAAAGAAUUUUAAUAAAAAAUUGAAGAACUUUUGAAAACUUAAAAAACUUAAACUAUAUCAAAUAAUAAAAUUAAUGAUGGAGAAAGAUAUUACUUAGAUAAACCAGUUAAUUAAGCUGUAAGUGAUUAUGAAAAUGAAUUAAAUUAAAGAAAAUAAGAAGUUAUGGAAAAAAUUAAAAAUGAUUUGUAAAUUAAAAAAGGUAGAUUCCCAUAGGAUAAUUAGAAAUCUGAUAAUUUAUCUCCAUAUGAAUUUGAAAGAAUUUAUUUAGAUUGGACUCAAAAUAAAAAUGAUAUUAUUUCUAGUAUGUUAUCUCAUUCAUCAGGUUCAGAAAUCUCAUAAGAAUCAUUCAUCUAAGAAGAACCAAUUCCUAAAGUUGAAAGAGUAUCUAAAAAAUAAGAAGUUGAAAAAGAAAUAUAAGAACUAUUCUCAAGUUAUAAAACAAAUAAAAAAUAAUCAAAGAAAACGGGAGGUAUUUAUAUUACCUUUAUUAUUAUAGUUUCCAAUUUAGAUUAAUAAGAAACUAAUUUUUUGGCAAUCAAUUAAUAAGUCAAGAAAUCUAAGAAUUUAAGAGGAAAUUAAAAAUGAUGUUAAAAAAG